AUGUUGCGUUUCCUCGACCCAACCCAUGGCCAAGCCGCGACAAUACCCACCGACAGGGUAAUACCGCUGAGACUGUUUGACGACCUUCCUCACGGCAAAGACACUAUCUUCUGGACGCCAUUUCUGUUUAACGAUGUCCUCGACCCCUCAAAGUUGCGAGCUGGUUUGGAAGCUCUUGCUACCUUUGAAGGUUGGGACAAAAUCGGGGCCAGACUCAGAUAUAAUAGAAACGGCCGGCUGUAUUAUCAUAUCCCAGCAAGCUUCACAAAGGAUCGUCCAGCGGUAAAUUUCUGCAAUAUUCGACACGAUAUAACCGUGGGCAAACAUCCAGUUGCGUCCCAAAUGCAAUCACUAGGGGCUUUGCAAGGACAAGGACCUCAGAUAGUUGCAGAGGUCACCGCCUUUAAGUCCCUGUGGGACCAUCCAAGUGUCCCCCAUGACUUUACUGACUACUUGAAGAAUGACUUGCCCCAGACUGGGCUAGUUGUCGUAUCAUUCCAAGAUGCGACAAUUGUCGUUCUGGGUUGGUUCCAUACCUUUUUUGACACUCCGGGCAAGGCGGAGCUGCUUCAGGCCUGGUCCAAAAUUGUCAAUGACAACCCGAGCCAAGUUGGGACGCCGCACGAUGCAGACGAGGACCCUCUCGCUCGCCUCGGGCUUCACCGCACUGAACCCUACGUGCUCGAAGGGAUGCGACUGACCGGGUUUCCGUGGAUUGUAUUCGCAAUUAGGACCCUAUACAAUGCUAUAUUCAAAACUUAUCGAGCACGUGUCCUGCGGCUUCCGUCGGCAUUCUUGCAAGAGAUGCGCCAGCAAGUGGCGAGCGAGUUGUCAUCCAGCGAAGGCGGCGACAUCAACGACACGAGGCUGUUUCUUAGCGACGAUAACCUCAUCACUGCUUGGUGGGCUCGAUUGCACACAGUGACCCGGAAGGACCCACGCGGUACUGUCAAUAUCUUCAGCUCUCUCGGCAUUCGCAAAGCACUGCAAGACGACCUCUUGCCGUCGUCCAAGCCUUACCUGUCCAACGCAUUUCAGUGGUACACUGUCUUGGUGCCCACGCAAGAAGUUAUUACCAGCGGCCUAGGCCACCUGGCCUCGUUACUACGUAAACGCAUUACGGAAAGUCGCACUCGUCAACAAGUCGAGGCAUAUUCAGCGCUGGUAAGGGAGAAGGAAGGUACCUUAACCAUGCCUAUUUUUGGCGAUGCCACCAUGACGGUUCUUAUGGGAACCAAUUGGUGCCACGGGAAGUUAUUCGACUUGGAUCUGACUGGAGCUGUUAUCAAAGAUGCCUCUACGGGCGUUGGCGCACCAUCUGCAAGGCCAGGAUUCCCUUCCUAUGUUCAGUACACUUCUAAUUGUAACGUUCGUCUCGACUAUUUGGUCACCGUUGGCAGAGAUCAUGAUGGGAACUACUGGUUGAAUGCAGGCACCGACGAGGCUCACUGGAAACGAAUCGAACAAACUCUGUGCGUUGCUGGGAGAAUGUGA